CCAGAAUUCAAGGUACAAACUCGACACCAUAAUCGGCCUGCGCUCUCUGUUCACCAGUCUUUAGCCCCUCCAUCGCAAUGAGAUAUGGAGGGACUCGGAUACUACAGCGAUCAAUUGCGCUGAGGAGGUGUUCUCAGAGUUGUGGGCUCCCUCUAAAACAACUGCAACAACUCCAGAACAGACAGUGUCUAGUCAAGCGCAAUUUGACACGAUGGUCAAGCACACAAGCAGGACGAACUAGCCCUGAGGCGUCCAAAGAUUCCGUAGCCCAACCUGAGACCACCCCCUCGUCUCCUCUCACAGAUCUUCCAUCACGACAAUGGUCAACACCGUUAGCGAAAACCAUUGCGCAGGCAAUCGAGGUAACAGGCCCAAUCUCGAUCGCUUCAUACAUGCGGCAAUGCCUCACCAACCCCGACGGCGGCUAUUACACCACGAAUCAUACCUCCUCAGACACGCCCGAUCAGUUCGGCAGGGCUGGUGACUUCAUCACUUCCCCCGAGAUAUCCCAAAUCUUCGGCGAAUUGGUCGGAAUCUGGUUCAUGACAGAAUGGAUGGCACAAGGUCGGCCAAGAGAGGGAGUGCAAUUUAUUGAAAUGGGCCCUGGACGAGGCACCCUCAUGAGUGACAUGCUCCGCACCAUCGGCCAAUUCACCACAUUCGCCAAUGCCAUACAAGCAGUCUGGCUCGUGGAGGCAGGAGAAGCUCUUCGACAUAAACAGAAAGAUACCCUGUGCGGUCAGACGGCUGAAAUCAAAGAAGUCACAGACGACACAGGCAAGAAUAAAUGGUGGGAAGCUACAAGUAAGCAGGGAAUUCCUGUAAGAUGGGUCGAAGAUAUCGUCUUGUUGCCGGAAAGGGGUCAAGAAGCGCAAAUGCCAUUUAUAAUUGCCCAUGAGUUCUUCGACGCUUUGCCUAUCCAUGCAUUUGAGUCUGUUGCGCCGAAACCCGAGGAUGUACAGGAACAAGAGGUCGAUCGACCACCCCUCGACAGCACAUCUCAACCACCACCGACGACCAGACCAUCGUCGUCGUCAAGCAAAGUCCCUCAAUGGAGAGAACUUCUCGUCGCUCCAACCAAGCCGACAAUUGAUCUAGGACUGGACCAAACAACAUCAUCAUCAGAUAAUGGCGGUCCACCCCGUCAGGGGAAAAAAGACCCAACUCCAGACUUUCAACUCACACUUGCUAAAUCCAGCAAUCCAGCAUCGCUAGUAAUUCCUGAACGAGCACGAUACAAAGCAUUGAAAAAUCAAGUAUCAUCACGGGUGGAAAUUUCGCCCGAAAGUUCACGAUACGUCCGAUCAUUUGCUCGACUCAUCGGCGGCGACGGUCUCUCGUCACCAUCACGGCAACAGCAACAGCAACAAACCCGGCAACAAUCAGCCUCUACUACAACCUCCAAACCCACCACUCCCUCCGGCGCCGCCCUCAUCAUCGACUACGGACCACUCGACACCGUCCCUGUGAACUCUUUACGAGCUAUCCGCAAACACCAAAUCGUGUCUCCAUUUGUCCACGCCGGCGCCGCAGACAUUAGUGCAGACGUCGACUUUGGCGCCCUAGCCGACACAGCACUCGAAGCCAGUCUUGGUGUCGAAGUCCACGGUCCCGUCGAGCAGGGGAUGUGGUUGUUACAAUUGGGGAUUCAAGAACGAGCUCAACGAUUAGUUAAGAAUAUCCUGAAGACGGCGCCGGCGGGCAGUGGGUCGGUAAUUGAGACGGAGCAAUUACAGAAGAAGAUCCAGGAUCUUGAGGCUGGGUGGAAGAGGUUGGUUGAAGGAGGGCCGAGAGGAAUGGGGAAGGCUUAUAAGGUGAUGACUAUCUUGCCAGAGAAUGGUGGGAAGAGGAGACCGGUUGGGUUUGGUGGGGGUGUUGUUGGUGGAUAAAAAAAACAAGAGGGUUAUGAAUCAACAGGGUGGGUGUAUGUUGGUUUAUCCGUCUUGUCUGUUCUGUCUGUCUAUAAAAAGCACGACUCUCGCUGUAUGUCAUGUAC